AUGGGGAAGAAGGAUAGACAGCGCAAGAAACUGCGUGAGUUUGCUAAAUUGAAAAACAGGCAGCGAAACUUGAGAAAGAGCGUGCAAACAUUGAAGAAUGAGGUUCAACGAGAGGCUAAAGUCCCAAGAACUUCGAAUCAAAUUGCUUUAGGAAACGACAAAAUCGAAGAGAUUAACGAAAAUAGUCCAUUAUUAUCAGCUCCUAGUAAACAAGAGGAGGUAUCAAUUCCGAAAGCGGUUGAUAUUGAUACCAUUGAUGCACAGCCUCUUCACGAAGGCCCAAAAAUUGAUGACUCGCCCCAAGAUGAGGUCAAUAGCAUUAAAGGAAAACCUGCGGACAAGGCUAAUGAAGACGAUCUUAAGCCGCCUUCACAACAUGAAGCAUGUGGAAAUUCAGCUUUGCAAAGCUCUAUUACAGAUUUUAGUGAUAGAUCAGUAUCACCAUUGCAAAGUAUUACCAGCUGCAAUACUCCGAUGAGUGAGCACGAGCUACCAGUAUCUUCCUCAAAUUCGUUUGAAAGAGCUGAUGAUAUGCCUGUAGUGCAGGCAGAUAACCAGACGUCAAGUAGUAAAUCUUUGCACAUUGUUGCACCAUCUCCUGAAGUACCAGUCAGCGGAGAUGAAAUCACUUCAUAUGGAUAUGGCUCUAUACCCCAGAGCAUCGGGGAUGUAGAGAACGGAUUGAAUCCUCCUUAUGUCGAAAAUACAUCAUCUGAUGAACUUGUACAUGAUCUGACGAGAAGACGGAUAUUUUCAUCCUGUAUGUGUACUUAUUUAUUCUUUAUUGCAAUGGACAGUUCUAUAAUCCUAGUAAUUGCGUCCAAAAUUGCUUCGGAGUUUCAUGAGUUAUGGAGAUUAUCCUUAGUCAUCUCAGCAUACCUAUUGAGUAAUGCUAUUGGGCAACUGGUAUUUUUGAAGCUAUCUUUAAUAUCCAGUGUAAAAUUGUUGUUGUGUAUUGCUCAAUUCAGUUUUAUCCUUGGUGGCUAUUUAUCUUGGAGUUCUGCCCAUUUUUGGACGUUUAUCUUUGCCCGUUGUGUCACAGGAUUUGGGGGCGGUUCCUUAAUAGCGCUCAAAAGUACUAUUAUGAAUCGGUUUUCUCAAAAGAACGACAGUCGGUACUCAUUGAGUGCCUCUAUGAUAACAUUUGCUAUGGGUGUGGUAAUUGGGCCCUUUAUGAUGAACUUGUUUGAUUCUUCUCAUGGUAGCGGGUGGAGAAAUGCCUUCUUAAUACCAGUUCCUUUUUGCCUUGUGAAUGCCUCGAUUAUGCUGGCAGAUAUGUAUUCUGUUAAGAGCACUUUAUAUGGACGCCCAACGCCUACAUUAUGGAAAAGAUUCAAGAAUACUCUAUUAAGUCCUGAUUUAUACGAAAUAUUGACACUUACGCUAUUCCUACUUUGUUUCGUUCAAGUGACCUCAUUGGAUUUAACAGGGUUAAAGAAUAAUACGAUGAUUCAAGCGCUACUAUUUUCUGUAAUUAUCGUUUGUGGCAUUUUAUUUUUCUUGAUAGAGACAAGCGAUACUUACAUGAACUCUGUAAUUUCAAUGUCCUUACAAGGUGACAAGCGUUUAAUAUGGACAAUGAUAGGAAUUUCAUUUUGCUUUGCAGCAUUAAUGUGCAUCAUCCCAUUCGGUACAACGUACUUCAUCAUUGUUUUAAAUUUAAGCACUUUACAACUUGCAGAGAGAUUGUCCCCAUUCUUUUUCUCCAUUGUACUGGGUUACUUUAGUGUUUCUUAUUUUUGGAAGUCGAAAGGACAGAAUUUUUUGCUAAAAUUUGUUUUAAGCGGAGCCACCCUGUUACUAUAUGUGGCACUUAUGGGGGUAAGUUUGAAUUUACCAGUAUGGAAGCAAUAUAUAUGUUUGUCUCUGCCAUUUUUGGGCUCCUCUAUGAUAUUGACCUUGCUGUCAAAUCUUUAUCAUGAGUACCAUGAACAAAGAAAGUCACCUAUCAGUGGUUCUAUCGUAUAUUGUUUCGGUGCCGUGGGGGGGACGGUUGGUAUUUCCUUGGGUGGUUAUGUCUUCCACAAAACAUUAAUAAAACUUAUGCAUGAGAAGGUGAUGCCAUUUAGCAAGCAAGGUUAUCUUAAAAAGGACCUUUUGAAAAUUAUCAAGCACGCUACGGAAUCUUCAGAUUGGGUACACGAAUCAGCCCCAAAGUUUGUUUUUCAAACUUUGAUUGAGUGUUAUUUACAAGCAUGUCGAAACGUAUUCAAACUCUCUACCCUUUUUUUUACGAUUACUGUCGUAGCAAUAUUCAUUUUCAACAGAAUCCAUUGUCGUAGUCAAAAUUGUUUGUCACUAUCUUGA